GGGGGCGGAGCUUGACUGCCAAGGAAGCCAGACGUGCUCUGCAAGAGCUCCUGCAUCUGGCCCCAAUAAAUCACGAUUUACACCCGGGCCACCCAUUAAUGAGACCACAAUGAGCACUCAUAUUGCCACUGGGUCUUCGGUGCACCGGAGGAUACUUGUUGCGAACCUGUCUGGACCGGGUACAUCCUGGUAGUGGCCAGCGGCCUACACAAGCCUGAGCUCUGGAGAGACGGCCGCUCUCUGAGCUCCUUCGUUUACUACGUGGUCCCGGCAAACAAAGCUAUCUUCUCCCCCCCCCCCCCGGACCGGUGGGGGUUAUCCCGGUAUCCACUGGCUGGCACCUCUGUCGACCCUACACAGCUAUCUCAGCAAGACGCCCGAUCACGGCUGACUCACCUAAGAUGGCGGCCAGGUCUCUGCUCCACCAGCCGGGCCUGAAUCAGCCCAUGGAGACACGAGGAAGUGCGGCUGAUUAUGUGCUGGAGCGACUGGAUGCGACCUUUGCUGAUUUCUGGGCCAAAUUUGAGGCUCUUAUUGAAGCGACACCAAAUGAAUCUCAUGAAGGACAGCAACCCAGAGAAUCACUCUAUACGCCUGCUGAAAGGCAAGCGGGUCCUGGGGGUCAUCCUACUACACGAAGCGGCAAGCAGGUACACAACCACCCCCCCCCCGCACGACUAACAAAGCGAGAAAGCGCAAGAAGCCACAGCGGCAGGCAUCGCUCUCCCAACAAGCCCAGCAGCAUGGACGCUACUACGCACCUCGACCGUGGAGAUCCAGACUCCCUCGACAGGAGCAGCAGGUCCCAGAGGUAGUCCCCUUAAGCUGCCUGGCACACAAGACCGUCGGCCCAUGGAGGUCACCAUCUUUCCUAAUUCGGCGCCGCACACGGAAGGAGCAAGAAGGGAAGGCAGAACCCGGCACCAAGCUACCUCACCAGACUUGGACUCUAAGCGGCAUAGGCUAGGGGUCCUAUGUAGAAUCAUACCAAACCAAAGGUAGCCAGGGUAUCAGCCAGCUUUACCUUGGUAACAUGUUAUAACUUUGAUUGCAUUCACUAUUAUUUUUCUUUCCUAUGUUUAGAACACCUUAAAUCUAUAAAUAUCAGUAGUAUAUUCACAAAUGCCUGUUAUAUGUUUCCUGUAGGCUUAUUUCUGGUUUAAGCCUAGCGUAAUAUGCAACCACUUAUUUCCUGCCUAGCCAGACAAGAUAUAGGAUGGAAUCAACCUAGCAUAUACUAUGUUGUAAAGCCGUGUUCAUACAAUGAUUGCACAUGUCAUGUUUUGUCUCUAUGUCACUCCUCUGUUUACCCUUUCCUGACAUGUGUACCUCACUAACCCAUUUAAACGAGACCCUAAACUAUUGUAUUGCAUACCAUGUAUACCUACAUGUAACUCGAUACUUUAAUGCUAUGUUUCUUAAGCCUGAUAAUAUAAAAAAUUGUGCCAGUUAAAAAUACACCCCGCAUGCUCGCGUGGGACAAGCCUGAGGAUUGCCUUCGGGGUACCUCAAGCAUACCUGUAAUAUAUACGUGCACUACAAAAAUAAAGAAUAAAAAAAAAAA